CGGGACCGGCGGGGCCGGGCCGGGGAGCGGGGCCGGGGAGCGGGGCCGGGCCGGGGCUCCGGGCGCCGCGGCGGGGCCAUGAAGGACUGCGAGUACCGGCAGAUCCCUCCCGGGGCGGCGGCGACGCCGGGCCCGGGCCCGGCCGGGUCUCCGGUGCCGGCGGGCGCCGUCCCCCCGCGGGCCGGAGCGGCGCGGCGGCCCCGCAGGAAGUGGGAGGUGUUCCCGGGCCGCAACCGCUUCUACUGCGGCGGCCGCCUGAUGCUGGCGCGGCACAGCGGCGUCUUCGCGCUCACGCUCGGCCUCAUCCUGGCCACCAGCGGCCUCUUCUUCGCCUUCGACUGCCCCUUCCUCGCCAGUCACCUCACCCUGGCCAUCCCCAUCAUCGCCGCCGUCCUCUUCUUCUUCGUCAUCAGCUGCCUGCUCCAGACCAGCUUCAGAGACCCCGGGAUCCUGCCCAGAGCCACCCCCAGCGAGGCUGCAGACCUGGAGAAGAGAAUUGACAGCAUGGGCAGCUCCACGUACCGGCCCCCGGCCCGCACCAUGGAGGUGGUGAUCAACAAGUACGUGGUGAAGCUCAAGUACUGCUACACCUGCAAGAUGUUCCGGCCGCCGCGCACCUCGCACUGCAGCGUCUGCGACAACUGCGUGGAGAGAUUCGAUCACCACUGCCCCUGGGUGGGCAACUGCGUGGGCAAGCGCAACUACCGCUACUUCUACGCCUUCAUCCUGUCCCUGUCCUUCCUCACCGCCUUCAUCUUCGCCUGCGUCGUCACCCACCUCACCCUGCGCUCUCAGAGGGAUGGGUUCCUGGCCACUCUGAAGACAACUCCUGCGAGUGUGCUGGAGCUGGUGAUUUGUUUUUUCUCAGUCUGGUCUAUUUUGGGCCUCUCAGGUUUUCACACUUACUUAGUUGCCUCCAACCUGACGACAAACGAAGAUAUCAAAGGGUCCUGGUCAAACAAGAGGGGCUCGGAGUUUGCCAAUCCCUACAGCCAUAAAAGCAUCCUCACAAACUGCUGUGCAGUGCUGUGUGGACCAUUCCAUCCCAGUUUGAUAGACAGAAGAGGAUUUAUCCAGCCAGACACCGGGACCCCGUCCAGUCCCAAGAGUGAAAUCCCUUCCUUUGGAGCCAAAACUGACACCAGCAUGGUAGGAGGCAUUCCCUAGCAGUGCUGUGAUGUUCCCAGUGCCUGCAGUGCCUGCACCUUGCUCCAGCCAGAACCUUCCCCUGUCUCAUCCCCGGCCUCAGGGGGACGGCCCUGGGACCCCGAGCUGCCAAAGACUCGAGCCAUGCGUUGCCUUCUUUUUUUACAUUUAUUUAUUACUUUUUGUUUAUUUGUUUCACUGUGAUGUGGCCUGUCAGGGGGUUUGCCUGACAGAGCCCAACAGCUUGUGGGAGCCUUGGACUCGUGCUGGAAACAGGGGGUCCCUGGGGAGUCCCCAGAGCCCCAGGGCACUGCUGUGAUUCCUGCUGGGAAUGAGAUGGGCCCGGGUGGGAGGUGGGCACUGACAGGUGAUUCCCACUCGGGGCUGGGCUGAGGAGGUGUUGUCUCCCUGGUGUCCCUGUCCCCUCCAGGAUCACCCCCUGUUCCCCUGGCCCACUGGAAGGGCUGUCCUGUCUCUCGGGCAGGAGCAGCUUCCCCUUUCCAGAAGCUGCUGUGCCUUGGUAAGUUGGGCUGUUCAGGGAGGACUCUGGCCCCCAGCAGACCUGCAGGCAAGUGAGGAUGUCCUGGGUGAUUCCUGCUGGUCCUGUUUCCUGGCUGGGGCUGUGUUUUGGCCCUGCCAGUUGGUCAGACACAUUUUGCAGCAAAGACAUGAGUCAGGGGACCCUCCUGUGCUGGGGAAGAAGAAACACUUUGUGCUCUGUGACUCCCAUGGGAUGCAGGUCCAAGGCUACAGGGGUCAGGCUGGGAACUGGAGUUUCCCAGGAUGGUGUCUGUCUGAGGAACACCAAAAGGCAGCAGAGAAGUGUGAAUUCCUGAGGGUCACACCCUUCCCGUGGGGUUUCACAGAGGGAGCACUGAGGGGUGCUGGUCUCUGAUAAGCCCGUGGUGUGCUCUUGGUUUGGGUUUGCAGAGUGCACCCAGGCAGCUCUGUGUCCCUGGGGUGAGGGAGAGUCACAGACCUUGUAGCAAUACUUGAAUCGUGUUAUUAAAAGCUGCUGGAUAUUUUUGCACAAUUUGUAGGACUUUUUCUACGCGGAACGUUUCCUGUCCUGCGCAGGGAGCGUUGUGCGCGCUGGCACCGGGCUGAGGCUCACGGUGCCUGUCAGGUUCCCUUGCAUCAAACCAGUUUCAACCUCGGGCAGGGGCAGCACAUUCUGGGGGCAGCCCAGCCCCCCUGAGUUCACCAGCACUGUGCUUUGUACUCUGCAAGUGCCUGUGCCAGGAGCAUGGCAGAGGAGCAGUCAGGAGGGGGGUUACAGGGGCCAGACUCCUUCUAUUUUUAUUUAAACCAGUUUCCUUUGUUACUCAAUAAAAUUCUAUUUUUAAAGA